UCUUGAAUGAUCGACAUUCCCUGAACAACAGAUCAGAGAUUAAUUCCAAAGCUGCACCCAAGUUUGCACUUGCCUGGGCGACUUCAUCGUUCUUUUCAUCGGCAUGAAACUGCCCGAUGACUGUAUGCGUCUCGGUCACCUUGUCCUGGAGCUUGUUCUCGACCUUGGCUGUCACAGCCUGCCACUUGCCGGCCCGAGAGGCGUAGUCCUGGCUUUUGGACUUGUGCUCCUUCUUCAGAUAAGACUCCAGUCCUUUGAGGAGCUUCUCGCCCUCUGCUUCCAGUCCCUUAAGGGCACCGCCGACUCUAGUGCGGACAUCGUCGAUCUCCGCCACACCCUUCUUGCGCAUCGACACGAGCAUCUUGCGAAGGUCUUUCCCCUUUUCCUGUGCCAUCUUGGUCAAUCGCUCAGUGGAACGUGCCAUGCGACUUUCAACAUCAGCCCGAUCCUCGAUAGCCUUGCGAGCCUUGAUAGCUGCUUGCUCAGCCUCCAUUCGCGCUUCAAUUUCGGCAAGUUCCUCCGGCGAGUAGUACGCUUCAUCCGUUUCGGUUAUUGGCGCCUCAGGCUCCUCAACGAGACCAAUGUCAUCCAAGAAAGAAAGGAGUUCGGGGUCCUCCUCCUCCUCGGCAACAACAACGGCCUCGGGCUCGGCAGCGGCAGCUUCGACUGGAGAGCCCUCGUGGACGACUUCGGCGGGCAAGUCAGCUUCGGAUUCGGAUGCGGCGAUAGCGUCGGCGAUUUCUUCAACGAGUGCCGACUCCAUGCCAUGGGCUGACGCAAUGACAACAGACGCGGCAGAAAUCUCCUCGGCGACGCUUGCG